ACACCCACCAACAUCCUGCUCCUCUCUCUGGCUUUCUCAGAUUUUCUUGUGGGCACUGUGCUGAUGCCAAUACAAACAUUACAAAUAACAUAUUGUUGGUUUCUUAAUCCAUUUCUCUGUUCUCUUUAUAUGUAUGUUAUCGACAUCAUUUUAUUUUCCUCAGUCAUAAACAUGGUGCUCAUAUCAGUUGACCGCUAUGUGGCUAUUUGUGACCCUCUGCAUUACACCAGCAGAAUCACUGUGAACAGAGUUAAAUUCUGUGUUUGUCUCUUAUGGUCCUGUUCUGUUGCCUACAAUAGUUACUUCUUUCUUCUGCAUCUUAUUCAACAAUAUUUCAGUUUUGUCUGCUUUGGAAAUUGUGCCAGUUUAUCGAAUAACAUUGCCACUUCCCUUCAACUUGUUUUAAACUUUAUUAUUCCUGUUACUGUCAUCAUAGUUUUGUAUAUGAGAUUAUUUUUUGUGGCUAUGUCUCAAGCUCGUGCCAUGCGCUCUCACAUUACAGCUGUCACAAAGCAGAUUUCAGUGACUAAAACAGCAAAGAAAUCUGAGCUGAAAGCAGCCAGGACUCUUGGUGUUUUGGUAGUUGUAUUUCUAAUGUGUUUCACGCCAGCUUACUUUGUAAGUGUUGGGACGGUUAACUUCAUCAUUCAUCAUUCACUUGCAUACUUUGUUCAGUAUCUGUACUAUUUUAACUCGUGUCUAAACCCUGUGAUUUAUGCCUUGUUUUACCCCUGGUUCAGAAAAACAGCUAAACUCAUUGUUACUCUUCAGAUACUGCAGCCUGGCUCCUGUGAGGCCAAUAUACUGUAG